AUGGCUUCCACCAUGACGCCACCGCGCUCGAAGAAGAGUCAGGGCAAACACCCCGCCACUCCAGUUACCCCAAAAAGCAAAGAGGGCGAAAGCAUCAAGUUCACCAGCAAAGCCGAUCUCGCGCAUCAUAUUGGCCUUGCGGAUAUCGGGGCCUACGACGAAUGGCGGGAGUCGGAGUGUUUCAAGCCCAUCUUCGAUGAGUACUUCGAGAAUGUUGUGCUCCCCGAACGCGAGAAAGCCACAACCGAAGGUAAAAUGCGGCGCCGACUGAUGAACCUCGUAUCGAUCGAAGCAAAGAUACUUGAAGGGGAGAGCAACGGCCGUCGCAAAUACUCUAGCCGACGUCUCGACAAAUCGCAAUGGACUCUUCUCGACCAUACUGCUUGGACCCUGUACGAGUUGACGGAGGAGAAUACCCACACAUACAAGGGGCUCUUCUACAGUCGUGCCAGAAUGCCGGUGUCAGAAAAACAUAAUCUGCUGUGGUCUGUACUCCAAUUCGAGGUAUGGGACAACUCACCGAGCAGAAUACAGAAGCGCACCCCGAAGCGUAGAGGGGACUCUCCUCUCGCUAAGCAACCGGCCAAGUAUGUCAAAACUGAAACCUCAGACGUUCUGCCCGCUUCGACCGACGAUGAUGCCGAGGAACCUGUGUUUCCAGUCCACAGCGCAUCACCAGCCAAGACCAACGAGAAGAAGCACCCCAAGCCGCUUCUCCCUCCGGCUUUUAGCGGACUUGAGACAUUCCAUCCACCCAGGAGGACUCUUUCCGCGGGCACCUCUUCGAGGCAACCUUCCUCUACGCAACCUUCCUCUACGCAACCUUCCUCUUCGCACCCUUCCUCUACACGCAAUUCCUCGUCACACAAUUCCUCGUCACAUGCUUCGGAGUCACCUGCCGUACGACUACCAACAUCGCAGCCUGCCUCUAUACAACCUGUUCCCACUAUGAAUGAUCUGCAAGCUGCAUUUAUACAAGUGCAAGAAAAUCUCGAACGGCAAAACGCAGAUCAACAACUUGAGAGUGCGUUCGCGUUGAUGACUGCAGCAGAGCAAGAGCGUACCGGUGGUUCGUCAGCCAGGCAACCUUCGGGGAAGGCUUCCUCAGCUCCAGUAGAGCGUCCUGUUAAUCUUGAUAAUCUGUUGGCAAGCAUUGAGGAUGAAUUGGCCGACAACACGUUGAAUGAGCAACCCCCAAGUCCCCAGGAACCUUUCAUGCAACCUACGAUUGCAGGAUCCGCUACUGAUGACGUCGAAGACGUGGAUGAGGCUGAUGGCGCACAGGAGGCCCUCGCUUUGUUGCCAACGGCACGAGCAGCACCGCUAGAAGAUCAUGCCGCUCGCCUUGAAGUGGGUGACAUGAUUGAGCGGCUUGAACUGCAAGAGGAAAUCACAGAUCGUGCAAACCGUGUCGAGAACUUCCGUCUUACCGCGUACGACGUCAUGCGCAUGGAGCGACGCCACGAGACAUUCGACCUCGACGACCGUUUCUGGCAACAUGACCUCCUCAAGCGGCUGGACAAGCACUUCGAGGACAUCCAGGCUCUCGAGCGGGACGUCCGCUUCCUGAGCGCAAUGGAGACCCAGCUGUGUGCUGAGGAUGCUGCUUAUCGUCGCGGCUUGGAGGCACAAGGCGCUGAAGAAGAUGAUUCCCUUGUCACCCAGAUGGCUACCGAGCAAGACCGCCAAGCCUACCUCCAUCAGCAGCGGAUGGUCGACAAUGAGAUGGUGCAGCCACAAGGUCAUACAGAGGCAUGCGCAUACCUCCGCAUCGCCAAUCCCGAGCGGCCACGGCUCCCCAGCAUGCCAAUGACGGCUUUCUUCAAGUUUUGGCAACCAGUUGCAAUUCGCUGGAUGAUGCAGAUGAGACGACAGUGUCUAGGUGGUAUUUUACUAUGUGACUCGAUGGGCAUGGGCAAGACCUGGGAGAUUGCAGGCAUGCUGAUCGCAGAAAACCUCCGUAAGGAGCAGAACGAUCGGAAUCGUGCGGAGUAUGAGGAGAAAGGUCUCUGGAUCGAAGGUGGACGUGAGCCUAAACCGUGGAUCAUCGUAACUUUACCAGCUUUGGUGGAGCAAUGGGAAGAAGAGCUCCGAAACAUAUCGGAUCGUAUCAUCACCUUGCGCUAUUACGGCACCAAGCAGGUAUACGGGCCGGAAAGCGUAAUCAAGGGAACUCUCUCCCGGGACCAUGAGAUCUUCAAUGGCGAUGCCGAGAACAUGUGGAAAGUGGUCAUCACCACCCCGCAGACUCUGGCCUACCGCCAUGGUCCCCAGGCAAUCAUCAAAUAUCGCCAGGAGCGAUUCAAGCUCAGCCACCAGGCAGCGAAAGAAAGACGGCACAUACUUCCCGAGGGCUGGGAACACAAUCUCUCUGGUCUCUUCGACGUAUGCGCCAUCGACGAGGCACAGUCCAUCAAGAACCCAGCAUCCUCCUCUCAUUUCGCGUGCAAGUGGCUACAACCCAAUUUCUACGCCCUGGUCACAGCCAGCCCUGACCUUAACUCUUCGGCUGACGUGGCCGGCUAUAUGCCGUUCAUCACCCCGAAGGUGAAAGGCUUCGGGAAGAACCGCCACAUUGUCGACCUGGGCUUGAACCCGGCCACUGUCAACCCCUAUGACGACCUGGAAGACGAGGAUCCUGGCGCUGUCCUGCGCUUGUCGGAGACGUUCUUCCAGCAAUACAUCGCUGCAAACGACGUUACCGACCCUGGCGUAGUGGGAUCGCGACUCCGUCGGCUCUACCAGCAGUGCAUGAUCCGCCGUACCUUUGUCAGCGUAGUCGAUGGUAGAAAAGUGGCCGACGACAUCCCCGCCAUGCGGCAUCGACGUUUGGUCUGCCGCUUUUCCCGGGAUGAGCUUACCCGGUACAAAGACUACGCCUCUAUCCCGACCAAGAAGCUGGUGACUGUUGGUCCAGACGGCAAGCGACGCUGGAACUGGAAGCAUUACCGAAUGCUCCUGCUGCUCUCAACUUGGACAGGAUUCCAGCACAUCCACGAGAAAUUUACGGCCAAAGAUACCCUGCGACACCUUUCAAAUAAAAAUCUACUUGCGGACAUUGUGCGCUGGUACUGCAAGGCUAAUAAGGAAGCCUUCCCAGAGACCACUGAAGGCCAAUUAGCAUUGAUUUACCGCUCGGCCCCCAAGGUUCGCGCUUUGAUGGCGUGGGUGAACGAAGUGGUGAUUAAGAAACAAGAGAAAAUGAUCAUCUUCACAUCACUUCCAGGGCAGCAAGUUUUCCUCUAUGCUAUUAUGCAGGCACUACAGAUUCCUACGGAGGCAUACCACGCCAAAUUGACCGGUGAGCAAAAAGGCUCCCUGCAGAAGAAGUUCAACCGCCAGGAUGAGCCUCUGGUACUGAUCGGCUCCUAUGCCAUCACAUCGUGCGGGCUGAACCUGCAGUACCGUUGCCAUCACGGCGCGUUCCUCGACCCUCCACCUUCCAAGGCCCUCGGCGAGCAAGCCGCGGCUCGCAUCCACCGUGUUGGCCAAUCAAACCUCGUCGACAUUGUCACUCUCUCCACUAAGGACACCUUCAACGACCGGCAAUUCCUCAACAACAUGCGCAAGGCCAUGCCGGGCUUGCUGGCCAGCCUUAGCGAUAGGCUGUUCGGCAAAGAUGUCUACACGGCAGCUGCGGCCGAUUUCGAUCAAGAAGAAGGUAUCCCUGAUGUCGGCGAUUGGGUAAAAUGGAAUGGCAUACUGGUCCCCGCCGACGAUGCCCGUCUUCCCCCAAACCAUGGCUUGCCCAUAAUCUCUGGCUGGAGUUUGCUGGAUCAGAUUCUCACUGAUCAAAUGGGCACACCAUUCGAGUACAAUGCCGCUGUCGACGAUGAUGAAUUUGGCGUCGAUGAUCAUACACCACCCCCAUAGAACAACCAGAAAGCCUUCCUAAGGGAGUGGGCAGGAACCCUUCCUGGAGACUCACCUGCACACACUGGGUAGGGCGGGCUUCUUGAAAUUCUUGGUGAAGAACUUGCAGGGCUUUGGGAGACGAGGAGUGCUGACUAGUGGGAAGCGG